CAUCCCACUUAGAAUAGUACCUAUUAGGAUUUCUUGUUUAGACAACAGACACAUCUUAUUUUAAAUAUCACUUCAAACAUUCGGUCGAUUAGUGGACUAAUAUUAAACGGAUCUCUUAAAUUUUCUUCCCUUUUUGGAGCAUCACCAGGUCGGUCCUAGUUAUCCACCUCUCCCGUGUAGCACGCAGAUCUCGACGCAGAUACCUUUUCGUGUGAGUACCCAUUUUUUAGUACGUUAAAUGCUCACUAAUUAUUCUACAUUCCACGAUACUCUUAUCAUUUAUAAAAUAGUUUAUUUCAGUUUUCAAUCACUUUAGACUUUGCACAGAACCAAAUAGAUACGCAGUUGCGUACCUACAAUAAAUUAGUGCAGGCAGAAGGUGAUAUUCAGUGUAGAAACUUUACCAUUCAAUGGAUACCUUGUUAGGAAUUAUAUCUGUAGCUUUGGCUCUCAUUACGCUAAUUGUAUUUUGGAUCAAUUCCUACCAUACGUACUGGGCUAAACGGGGAGUCGAAACUCUGCAUACGACACCACUAAUAGGAAACACGCAAAACAUCUGGUUACUCAAGGAACCCAUGUUGCUCAAUUUAAAACGGACUUAUGACCAUUUUAAAGCCAAAGGUAAGAAAUACGCCGGAUACUACUUUCUUAUGAAACCAGUCUUUGUGCCAAUCGAUCUGGAUUUAAUAAAAGCGAUUGGUAUUCACGAUUUUAACCAUUUCACUGAUCACAUCGGACAUCUGGACGAAAAGGGUGACCCCCUGAGCACCCACCUAUUUAACCAAAAGGGAGAUCGAUGGAAAUUUUUAAGACCAAAGGUGUCAGCUACAUUUACGACAGGAAAAUUAAAGCGAAUGUUCGACGGUAUCCUAAGUUACAGUGAGCAAUUAGCUGAUUUAAUAUGCAAAAUGGCUGAUCGCAACAAAGCUAUUGAUAUCGCGCACAUAUCACUACGAUGCACUUCGGAUAUCAUCAUCUACAAUGUCUUCGGAGUUAAAAGCAGGAUGCUUAUGGGUGAAGAAUCUGAGUUCGAAAGGUGUCUCAAGAAAUUGCAUGGUACUGACUUCAAGAACGCAUUGCACAGGUUACUUCUUUUCACAUUUCCCGACUUGUAUGCCGCACUUAAAAUGAGAACUUUUGAUAAGAAAAUGACAAACUUCUUCAUGAACUUUGUUAAACAACGUUUAGAGCAACGUUCAAAAAGAAACCUUAAGCAGAAGGAUUUCGUUCAACUGUUGCUCGAGUGUGGAUCAACUUCAAACGGAGAAAGUAAACGUCCGUUGAGUUUGGAAGAAAUCUGCGGGCAAUACCUCGUUUACUUUUUCGCAGGUACUGAUACAGUUGCUAGAGCAUUAUCGCUCACGCUACUUGAGUUAUCGCUCAAUCAAAGCAUCCAAGAGAAAGCUAGGGAUGAAAUCAGAAGAGUUCGAAAAAAUUUCAACGGCGAACUUUGUUAUGAGGGAGUUCUUGAAAUGAAAUAUUUAGAAAACUGCAUCACAGAAUCACUUAGAAAACACCCGCCUAUAGCGUUAACUACGCGAGUCUGCACCGAAAAUUACAAAAUUCCAGAUACCGACGUCACUAUAGAGAAGGGAACGUAUGUGUUGAUACGAGUCUACGCUAUACAUAUGGAUCCCGAAUAUUUUCCAAACCCUGAAAUCUAUUAUCCCGAUAGAUUUUCGGACGGAAACAAUACAAAUCCCAACUCCUUUGCAUUUAUGGCCUUCGGUUUCGGUCCACGGAUGUGCAUUGCGUCCAAGUUUGCAAUGCUGGAAUUAGGUAUCAUAUUGUCGCUACUUCUUUCGCGAUUCAGGUUCUCUGUCCAUCCUGACACAAAAUUACCGCUGAAGUAUGAAGCUUGGACCCUUACCCCGCAUCCGUCACCCCCCAUAAAGCUUGUUGCUGAAAGAAUAGAUAAGUCACUCAUGAUCAACGUUAGUCUUAAGACGUAAAAUUACAAAAUAUUGUUAGUUAGUUAAUUAUAUUGUGAGAUAUAAUAACAUUAAUAAUGUUAAUAAUAAUAAUAACAUUCAACCCGUUUAGAUGCAGAACUGCUGCGUUACAGAGAUCACCAGUUCAUUUAGUGUGCUCACUAGUGAACGAAUUACCUUCCACCACGGAUAUAUUUAAUAUUACUUUAAACGAACUGUUAAAAUUCGUUGAAUGAGGUUAGUUGUAUCUGAGUUGAAUUUUUAGAUUUUUUUUGUUUAUUUUUUUCUUGAAUAGUUAGCGGCUCGCAA